AUGACAGCCAUACCUAGCAAAUUUUAUGCCUUAGUUGAUAGAGACUCGAUAUAUGAUUCGCUGUUUGAUUUUUGCACUCCUGCCACAAUCUUCCGUGUAGCACGUACUUGUCGCCUUGCUCAUGCAGCAAUGCUAGACUAUACGAGCCGCGUCUUUGACAUUAACAAGCAUUAUCUGCGCUUCUUUAAUGAUCCCUUCUCGUUCCGUGUCCUGCAGGCACGCACUCAUGCGAUCGUCUCCGGUUCAAGUGCGUUGCAAUUCAUGGAUCGAACGGUUUAUGAGAAAUCGGACCUCGACAUCUUUGUGACGAAUAGAUGUGCUGCGGAGAUCUGUGCCUGGAUAGUAAAAUGUGGCGGAAGAGGAUACCGCUUCGUGCCAACAGAAAAACAGAUCGAAAAGGGUAUCAUUACUGCCGCCAUUGCCCUGCGGAUGCACCGUGAGCAACAAACACAUAGAGGUGAUAUUGACGAAGGAGUGGCGUUGUUGGACUUUUACGAUUCCAACCGCCUUAGGUCCGUUCUCAAUUACGUGUCAACGGAUGGGGAAAAUAGGAAGGUUCAGGUGAUUGUAACUUAUAACACCGCUAUGGAAGGCAUCCUUAGCUUCCACUCGACUGUAGUCAUGAACUUGAUAACUCACUUUGGGGCAUAUUCGCUGUACCCAAAAGGCACUUUCGAAAGACGUCUGCUGCUUCCUUGCGAGACACAUGAGGUGAAUCGAGAUCCAGGAAUCGAAAAGUACCUGAGCCGAGGAUGGGGGGUCGCCAGUCGUAGGGCGACUACCUACUCCGCCCAGCGUAAACCUAUUUUCCCUCUCGGAAAGCGAUUUGUUGGCGACCAUGCUACGUGGACAAUUCACUUUGACGAUGUUGAAGACGUACUUAAAUGUGUCACGGAUAAUUCUUUGAAAGCGGAUCCUAUCACUCUGAACACUUUCAGCUUUGUGAAAACAUCACCUUCCACAGUCGAGAUGAGGUUCUCCAUUAUCAAACCACCUUUCUUCGAAAGCCGUUAUACAGCAUGCCCUGAAAUUGUUCCGAAAAUGAGGUUCUGGUUUGCUGUGCUUAGACAAAUGCUUGAAUGCACGGAAGAGUCCAUCAGCCACCGCUCUCUUCCAUUGUUAUGGUUUGACUGGAUCCUGGUUCUCUGGAUUACUGCACUCAUGGGAGAAUGCACUUGUAUUCCUUCUACUGCUCGUACCAACUAUCCUACUUGUCCGGCCUUUAUCACUGGAUUUUACCAGUACUCUGUCGUUGCAAGGCAACACCUCAAGCAGAUCAUGGCUAUUGACGAGGCGUGA